GUAGACUUAUAAGACCUUUUUUGAAAACUGUUCUGUACAGAGACGUCACUAAACAAGGUGAAGUGAGACAACAAGGAUCAAGCUUAAGAAAUGGCUUCCAAAGCGUUCGUGCUCAUGUGUUUUCUUGCGCUGCUGGGGCAGCUUUCUGGCUUUAAGUUGACUCGACCCGUCGACCUUGAACGCUUCGGCCAAGAGCUUGAGGAUGUAAAGAAAUACAUCGAAAGUUUGGAAUCGCCUGCAAGCGAUGAGGGAGAGGAAGGAGAAGAGGAAAAUGGAGAAGAGGAAAGUGGAGAAGAAGAAGAAGGAGGAG